GCAUCAUCACUCGCAUCAUCUGCUCUUGCUAAUUCACAUCUCGAUCGGCGCCAUCAUGAAGAUCUUUGUCAUCGUAUCCGCCUUGUGCGCAUCUGUACUUGCCGAAGCCCCUCUAGAUAAUUAUGGGAUGCGCCCUCCGUCCUCCAACGCACCCUCGUCACACUAUGGCGCCCCUAGUAGAGGCCUGACCGACGCCAGGUUCCAGGAAUUUGGCGCCCGCACCUCUUCGUACGACCACCACCACUCGGACCAUCAUCAGGGCUACUCGCAGGCGCGCACCCCUUCCUCCGAGUACGGCGCCCCUCGCCAGGACGACUACUCCUAUGACGCACCUUCCACCUCCUACGGUGCCCCUUCCAGGUCCUACGGCCCUCCUUCUACUGAAUACGGAGCCCCGGCCCCUUCUGCCAAGUACGGACCUCCCUCGACGCAGUACGGCGCCCCCAACCCCUCCAAACAGUACCUGCCACCCUCGCAGAAAUAUGGCCCUCCGUCGCAGAAAUAUGGUCCUCCGUCCCAGAAGUACGGGGCUCCCAAAACUCAGAAUGCUGCCCCUAGAGUCCAGUUUGGCACCCCCAUCAAGUCCAACAACUACCAGUCUCGCGCCACCCCCGCACCCAGAUACAACGCUCCCACCCCCGCCCCCUACUCAGACAGCUACAGCCGUCGCACCGAAGAGUCUGCUGAUGGACCCUACCCUGGUGCCCGCAACAACGAUGACAUGUCUGAACCGGCCAGCUACGAGUUCAAAUACGAAGUGAACGACGCCGCUUCCGGCCAGGAGUUCGGACACAUGGAGAGUCGCGAGGAUGACGUCGUGACCGGCGAGUAUCGCGUCCUGCUGCCCGACGGCCGCACUCAGGUCGUCAAGUACGUGGCCGACAAGAACGGCUACCGCCCAACCAUCGAGUACCUCGAACCCAACCAGGGUGGACCGUACUAAGCGCCUGGAAAUUUGCACAAUUCCUAGCACAUUGAAUGCGCACGUGUAAAUAGUAGAACGUCGCGGUUAAUUUAUGUUUGCUGUACAAAAUGUUUUGUAAAAAUGUGUAAUUAUUGUAAUGAUGCGUUCAGCUCUUAAAUCGCCAUUUCAUGUUGGGUUGUGACAAAUAAAUAAGUUA